UAUCGGGUUAAUUAAAGUUGCAUGUUCGGUUUAUCGCGUUGUGGCUACACAAUCAGUAUGUUUCCUUUCGUUGGUUUAACGACUAUGUGAGUGAAACAAAGACGCAGUAUACACAAAUACAGUGAUAACAUUUAGAAGAGGGAUACAUGGUGAUACAACGGAGCAAUUUAGGAUGGACACCCUCAAAGAAAACCCAAUACCAGUAAUCGACUUCUCGAAGCUUGGGUUGAACGUUUCUCAAAAUGCCUGCGAUGAAGAUUCGUUAAAAACGGUCGGUAGUCAGAUUCGAGAUGCCUUUAGCAAAUCCGGGUUUUGUUAUUUAACAAACUAUGGUAUUCAGCAAUCGGAGAUUGAUCACUUCAUGUCAGUGUCGAAGCAAUUCUUUUACCAAAAAAAGGAAGAAAAAAUUAAAUAUGUUCGCGGCACGGAGCGCAAUUUCGGAUGGGUUGCCGUCGAGCGCGAACAUUUGAAUCCAGAGAGACCGGGUGACUUAAAAGAGGCGUUUAAUUACUGUCCCUCGGAUGACCCAAACAACUGGCCAACACCAGAGUUUCAAAAUGCGUGUCAAGACAUGUUUAGAAAGUGCACCGAGCUUUCUUUACGUGUUUUGGAUGCUUUGUCUGUAGGAAUGAAUCUAGAUAAAAGCUAUAUGCGAGACGCGCAUGGAUGUAUUGGUAUGGGAAACAAUGCAACCACACUUCGUAGCCUAUAUUACCCCCCUUUGACGCCAGAGUCGUCUGUAAAACCGGGCCAGAUUCGUUUGGGCGAACACUCCGACUAUGGUACGAUUACGCUCCUUUUUCAAGAUGAAAUAGGGGGUCUGGAGGUAGAAAUUCCGGGAUACGGGUUUGUCCCCGUCACGCCCAUACCCGAAACAGUCGUUGUAAACAUCGGCGAUCUGAUGCAAAGGUGGACGUCAGACGCGUUGGUUGCUACAAAGCACCGAGUCCUCAUACCGGAAGUAGAAUUAAAGAAACGAUUACACAGGCAGUCGGUUGCGUUCUUUGUACACCCUUAUGACGAAUUUCUCAUAAAAUGUCUGGACGGCUCCGACAAGUAUGAACCAGUAACAAGCGGCGACUAUCUUAAGCAACGAUUUGGCGUCACGUACUAAGCGUUGCCUGUUUUGUUGACUAAAUCAAUGAUGCCCUAUAUAUCAUAAAACAAUUUUAUGCAUUACUUUCUAAUAUAUUUAGAUUUCAAUUAUAUAAAUACAAAUUAAAACAAAAUCCCUGCAAUUUGUUUAUACACUUUCAGAUUAUUGAGAUGAUGUGCACAAUGUUUUGGUCAAUGUCACAUUUUCAAACGUUCGUGCCUAAAUAUGCAUGUCCGCUACCCACUUAAGGAUUUGCAUUUAGAUUGCAUAGUAUGUUUAAGGGACCCUUUUACGUUUUGGUAAAUUGACAAAAUUGAAAACUAAUAUUUCAGAUUUGCGAAUUCUCGUUUUAUUUAUGAUAUUUGCAAGGAAACAGUAAUGCUGAACAUUUGCCAUGCUCAAAAAUAUAAAUACUAUGCAUCUUUUGACGAUUUAAAAACCUGAAAAGUAUAAAGCGUUACAAACGCGAAACGAUUUUAUAAUUUGUAGAGUUUUGUUGUUAUCGUUAUAUUUUGUGACAUUACGAAGAUUGAUUAUAUAAUGUAUAAAAAACACGAAUCACUAUGUGAACACGGAUGGCCGAUUGGUGUUAGUGUUAGACUUUUACUCCAAUAAUCAGUGGUUCAAGCCUAGUUGAGGUAUACUUUUUUCUUUCCUUAUUUUAUUCUUGUUUUAUACUUAAGCUAUUUAGUGUAAAUAUUAACAUGUAUCAGUUUCAAGCAUUUAAUGACAAACUUCAAUACAAGCCCUUAGUCUGUGAAAAGGUCCCUCUAAUCUGUGAAAAGAUCGCUGUAAGAUCAUUGAUAUCAUGUACAGAAGUGCCGGCUAAAGAUUUAGGCCACACUCAAUGGUUAUUUUUUGAGCUUCCUGUUCUAUGUCAGCUCUUUCUCUUAUGUAUUUUGAAACAUUUUAAAGCAAAAAUAAGUCAAUUAGAAAAUGUGCUAAACGCAUGUGUCAGUAACGCUGGUUCAAUGUCAAAGUCACAUCUUUUAAAAACAUCUGUAUCGGUAUGUGAUAGUGUUAUUGGUCCGUGUCGCGUGCUUUUGUGUUGUGCUAAAAAUAUUUUGCAAUUGGUCACUUGCAACAAAGAACGGAAAUCGUGUUGAUUUUUAUCAUUAAAUAUCUCUUUUUUUCUGCAUAUUGAACUUCGUGUUGUGUAGAUUGGCUUAAAAUUUAACAAUAUCUAAAAUGUUGAUGUAAUUGUUUGGGAAUUCUUAAAAUAUUCACAGGACGCCGACGUUUUUAGAGUGUCCAUUUCAAAGAAUGCUUUGUUCAAAAUGUACAUUAACGGUAACAUGAAUCGAAAACAGAAUCACAAACAAUAUAAAGUAUUUAUUGUGUCAUAUGUAUAUAGUAUAUAUUAUGAGAAUGUAACUUGUAUGGAAAUAGAUUUAAC